AAUUGGGACGGCAUUAUGCUGUUGACAGCCGUGCGAGCUUAAAGCAACAAUAUACACUCAGCUAGUGAGAACAGACCAAACACAUUCCAAGCAACAACAUGGGUAGCUGCUGCUCUAAGGAUUUGGACGAUAAGCGUUCCUGGAGUCCCGAGGAAACUAAAAAUGGCAGCACCACCUCGACGAUUAUAGCACAGCCCAUAGAUAAUGUGGGUAAUACGGGUGUUUUCACCUUAACGCGCACCACAACGACAACAACAACAACAGCCAAAACGACAACAACAACCAAAGACGAUGCGGAUGCCAUUUAAUUAAAUUCAUUUUUUAUAUAGCAACUACGAUAAAUAUUUUACCUACUCAACU